AGUAAUCCCAGCUGGCUCUGUCAGUGUGCUCUGCUACCUGUCCUGCUACACUCUCAUCCCCACUAAUGUGUUGUAAGUCAGCUGUGUCCUGGGAUUGGUGUGUCAGCGGCUCACUUGGGGAUUAUUGAGAGGAGCAGAGCAGCAGGUGCCGGGGGGAAUAUAUUAAGCUGCAGUCAGUACAGAGAGAAAGGGCAAGGGCUGCUUUUAUUUCUAUUCCUGGGUGGGAAAGCUGACCUUUCCUGACGCCUCUGUGAGCUGCUUGUGUCUGAGGUCAUAUGCACACAACACAAUGGAGGGCAACUACAAACUACUGGAAGACAAGGCCUCCAAGAUCCCAGCAUCGAUACCCCAGUUUACAAACUCUCCCACAAUGAUUGUAAUGGUUGGGCUCCCUGCACGUGGAAAGACUUACAUUUCAAAAAAACUCACUCGCUACCUCAACUGGAUUGGAACUGCAACCAAAGUGUUUAAUGUGGGACAGUAUCGCCGGGAGGCCACGCAGAGCUACAACAACUUCCAGUUCUUCCGUGCCGACAACCAGGAAGCCAUGAAAAUUCGCAAGCAGUGUGCACUCAAUGCCCUGAAAGAUGUCCACACCUACCUCUCACGGGAGGAGGGACACGUUGCUGUAUUUGAUGCCACCAAUACCACUAGAGAGAGGAGGUCCGUGAUCUUGCAGUUUGCCAAGGAACGGGGUUACAAGGUGUUCUUCAUAGAGUCAAUCUGUGAUGACCCAGAUAUCAUUGCCGAAAACAUCACCCAAGUGAAGAUCUCCAGCCCAGACUACAUGGGCUGUGAUCGGGAGAAGGUGGUGGAGGACUUCCUGCAGAGGAUUGACUGUUAUCAAAUGAAUUAUGAGCCAUUGCAUGACGACCUGGACAGCUCUUUGUCUUAUAUUAAGAUUUUUAAUGUUGGGAGCCGCUAUCUGGUGAAUAGAGUGCAGGAUCACAUUCAAAGCCGGGCGGUUUACUACUUGAUGAAUAUACACGUAACGCCACGCUCCAUCUACCUAUCCCGCCAUGGGGAGAGCGAGCUCAAUCUUCUGGGAAGGAUUGGUGGGGACUCUGGACUGUCGGGACGAGGAAAACAGUAUGCUCAUGAACUAGGAAACUUCAUUAAGUCUCAGCAGAUCCCAGACCUGAAGGUUUGGACCAGUCACAUGAAGCGUACUAUCCAGACAGCAGAAGCAUUGCACGUCCCGUAUGAGCAGUGGAAGGCACUGAAUGAGAUUGAUGCGGGCGUGUGUGAGGAGAUGACUUAUGAAGAGAUACAGGAUCAUUUUCCUGAGGAAUUUGCACUAAGGGACCAGGACAAAUAUCGCUACAGAUACCCCAAGGGAGAGUCCUAUGAGGACAUUGUACAGAGACUGGAGCCGGUUAUUAUGGAGCUGGAGCGUCAGGAGAAUGUUUUGGUGAUCUGCCACCAAGCUGUUAUGCGCUGCCUGCUGGCCUACUUUCUAGACAAAACAGCCGAAGAGCUGCCAUACCUGAAAUGUCCUCUUCACACCGUCUUGAAACUGACGCCUGUGGCCUAUGGUUGUAAAGUUGAAUCCAUCUUUCUGAAUAUUGAAGCUGUGAACACACAUAGGGAAAAGCCAUUGAAUGUGGAAGUGUCUCGUGAUCCAGAUGAGGCUUUGGAGACCGUCCCUGAACAUUUUUAAAAUGAUCAAAGAAGCUGACUUUUAAAACCUUUUUAUUUUCCUAAAGAAAGAAGAAAAACACUAACAGAAGAGCCAUAAACCUGAUGAUGUGGACUUGUUACGUGUCCUGCAUUGGGCACAUUUUAAUAUUUUUUUAGCUUUUGAACAGAGUGAAUGUCCCAACAGAAAAGGCGAGAGUGCUGUACCCUUUUUUAUUCGUUUUUAUUUUUUAAGGACCUAAACGUAUUUGUUUGCAAACAGUCUUGCGUACAUUUUUAUUUUUUGGGAUCCCCCCCCCCCCUCCCUUUUUCUCGUUCUUAAAAAAA